AUGGAAGACCAUGUGGCCCGUCGCACCGACCAGCAGGCACACACUGGCCCGCGCAAGUAUAUGAGCAAAGGCCGUCGGGCCUGCGACCUUUGCCGCUCGCGCAAGUCUGCUUGUCAGAUCGAAGUCGCGCCGCCAUGUCGUAUGUGCAGGGCCCACGGCCAGCAAUGCGAGUUUACGAACCGGGUGGUGCGCAAGAAACGGCCGGCUCCUCAUUCAGUGGCUGAGGAGGGUGGUAAUGCGCCGGUAUGGCAUCCAGAAGUACGACCCGCGCAAUCCGAUACGGAGCAGCUGUCGUGGCCGCAGGGUUUGAAUUUUCUGUCUAUGCCUGAAAAUAACUUGGCUUCUGCGUCGCCUAGCAAUAUGCAAGGCCAUGUCUUUGGCGGCCCGGGCUUGAGCCACACUUCAAACGAGCAGCUCACACCCGGUUUUCUGUCUGGUCCAGAAAACGCGGACCAGUUCAUGAUAGAUGACUUCAUGCUAAGCAUAUAUGAAGGGAGAACACUGCCCGACGUCUAUCAAGGAACAGGAAGUGGCCUCAACUCGCUGGAUUAUUCGCCGCUCACGUCUCAAGUGUGUGGUCUAACUGGCGAUCAAGACCCCUACGUCCUGCGCCAUUAUCAAUAUGACGAGAAGUCUGAAUUCGUGUUCUCGAAACUCGCUAUUCGCAAGGUUCAGGAUGGGCCGGUCCCAGUUCAAUUUUUGCUGUCAAAGCCAGAACUGAGUGCGGACUCGCGGUCUCAGACUGUCCUUCGCCAUGGGCCCCAGACGAACGAGACGCCCUCGUUGUCGGAAAUUGUGCCGCCGGAAGUUGCGGAACGGUUGAUUGAACUGUUCUUUCGCUUUGUGAAUCCGCAAUUUCCAGUUCUAUCCGAAGCAAAUAGGCCAUGUCCCCGGACAUCACCGACUCACCUCCUCGCAGCAAUAUAUUCUAUCACACAGCCUUUCACUGUGUUCGAUGACAAGCUGUCGAUUGAGCUUGCAUAUAAUCAUCCAUCACCACAGUCCCUCUCUAACAUUGCUUGGCGCUCUCUUAACGACGAAAUACCCGAACCCACGAUACACUCUCUUCAAGCCGCACUAAUCAUGUUAUUGCAGCCACCUAGUAAUCCGUUAUUGCUCGAAAGUCCCUUAAAAUGGGCACUUCUUGGGCUUACUGUGUCGAUGGCACAGACCCUUGGUCUUUAUCUGGAUCCAACUGCCUGGAAUCUGCCUCCGGAAGAAGUCGAAAGCCGGAAAAGACUUGCUUGGCUAGUCUGGGCGGCUGACAAGUGGUGUGCGUUCAGCUUAGGCAGACCGAGCCAUAUUUCGAGAAAUGACUGGAUGAUUAUCGAAUUGGAUAUCGAACAGAAUCAUUCUCUGCCUGACGCAGCUGACCAGAGCAGUCGGUUCUAUACUACGCAAUUCUCGAAACUCACCCUGAUUCUAGAUUCGGUUUUGGCUGAUUUAUACCAGGACUUUAAGCUGGCAAUCACCACAGCCCAACCCAUUCUACAAAGACUCGAUGAAUGGCACAACAGCCUUCCCUCAAUUCUCGAGAUCCGCAGAGGCAACGAUGGGAACAACACAGAUCUUCCAAACGGAUCGGCUUCGCUCCAUAUUGCCUACCAUGCCGUCAAAAUACUAGUUUUUCGUGCAUUGUUACGACCAUUUAAUCAACCAAAUAACCCGGAUUCUACGACCACACAAGACCAUCAGAGCCACGCGGACGACUGGCUUGCCGCGAAAAUGCGGAUUCGCAAUGGCGCCCUUGCCGAAGUGACUUCAGUGCUUAGCUUGAUAUCAUCCUUCAGACAGGAACACUAUCAAGCCUUCUGGGCUCCUUGGUCCAAAACAAGCUUUGCGCUAGUUACAAAUCUUCUGUUCUUGUUAUCAGCUACAUCUAAUCGCGACACUAGAACAGCGGCAGAAUUGUCCUCGUCGUCAUCGCCAUCGCCAUCACUAUCAUCGCCAUCACCCGGCAUGGCAGGCCGUGACGAGUAUGCCGAAUGCCGGCAAGCUCUUGAACGCGCGCGCACCAUAUUCCGAUUGCAUGCGAAGGCGCUUGAUAUGAUGCGACUCGCGCUCCUGCGCAUUGAUGCUAUUUUCUGGAUUGGGUGGGAGCGAGUCUUGGGGUUUAAAUGA